GUGCUCCAGAGGCGGGGCAGACAUCUGGAGAUAGCAGAGAGUCACUGCUGCACCAAGGUUGGAUCUGCUCUCAGACCACUCAAGAUUCUGCUGGGAAUUUUCUUCAUCCUGGUUGCUCUGCUGUUUGUUGUUGCUCUGUUCAUUUCAAAUUUGGACAAAGCUCUUCACUCCGCUGGCAUCAGUUCUGGCUUCAUGGUGUUUGGCACCAACCUGACCAACCCUCUGAAUGAACUCCUACUGACUCUACAGCCUGUGUUCCCGUUGGAUUAUGUCCUGAUCACUGUGAUCACCAUGUACUUUGUGUUCACCUCCAUGGCCGGCAUCAGGAACAUGGGCAUCUGGUUCUUCUGGAUACGGCUGUACAAGAUCAGACCCAAGAGAACCCGUCCCCAGGCCCUCCUCUUCCUCUGCAUGAUUCUACUGCUGAUUGUCCUUCACACCAGCUUCAUGAUCUACAGCCUGGCCCCGCAGUACGUCAUGUACGGGAGUCAGAACUACCUGCUGCAGGUGACCACAGGCUGGAGCCCGAUGCCACUAGGGAGUAAUACCACUGGGACUACCAAGAACUGCGAUGCCAAUGCACCUCAAGACGAAUGCACAGUGACAAGAUCGUACCUUUUCCUCCACAAGUUCUGGUUCUUCAGUACCAUCUACUACUUUGGUAACUGGGUGUUUAUUGGGGUUUUCCUCAUCGGCCUGGUAGUGUCAUGUUGUAAGGGGAAGAAAUCAGUGAUCGAAGGAGAGGUGGAGGCAGACGACUCUGACAUGAGUGAAGACGAAUAUGUCCACUGACAAUACCACAUCCUGCCAGACCUGGGUUCAAUCAAAUACUAUUUGAAAUAUUUUAAAUACUUUUGCUUUAGCCUGCCUGGGAGUGCCGUGUGGGCGGGGUUUGCACGUUCGGGACUUUUCUGUGGGUUCACCUGCAAAUUGCAAGCUUAAUCAAAUACAGUUUAAGUAUUCGAAAUUAUUUUAAACGGUGUGCCCUAAUGAAUAUGACCCAGGUCUGCUACCUGCAUGGACCAGGAGACAUUUAAACCGGAUUGAUCUUAAAAUGGAUGCUUGUAUGAUGGUUUCUGUUAGAACUGGUUUGGUAUAACAUAAGAAUUUGGCAAGUGGAUUGUUCAUACAAUGCAGUAAAACUUUGAAACUAUGAAUUUAAUUGGAACUUUUGUUUUCUGUUUUCUGCCUGAGAUUGCUUAAUAUCACACAACGUUGUGUUGGUACUGAUUUAUUAUAAACGGGAGAGAGUGAUUGUGAGGUUGCUUUUUUAGUAUUAGGGCAACUUUUUAGUUCUUUGUUCAGUCAGGUGUCUUUGUUCAGAGCAGUAUGUGAAACCCUGCCUGCGUCCCAAAUGGCACCUAUUUUGUAUAUAGUGCACUUCUUUUGACCAAAGCCCUAUUGGACCCUGGUCAAAAGUAGUGCACUAUAUAGGGAUUAGUGUGCCAUUUGGGAUGGAACCUUAUUUGUAUUACUAUGGGGAUUAGCCUGUUGUUUCAAACGUCAUCUGCAUCAAUUCCAUGUUUUUAUGUUUCCAAAAAGAAAGAUUUAAAGUUGCAAAAUUCUGGUAUAUUUUUCUAAAUGGGAGGAUUACGGAUUUCCUGCUUAUUCCCUCACUAUUCUGUGAAUCUUCCAAUCAGGAAUAAAAACAGGGAAUUUUGGGAAAGUUACCAACAUUUUGCAACCCUAAGAAAGAUCCAUGGUUGAUAACAAAAUGGUGGAUUAUUAAACAAGCUUUAUCCUGUGGUACUGGAAGUUCUGGAUAAUAUAAAGAGAAGAUGUUGUUGGGGAAACAUUCCAGGCUCACUUUAUGUUUCUUAUUUAUUCUAAUUCAUCACAUUUUUGUAGUCAUGUGCAUUUAUGUAAUAUAUGGCUCGAUAAAUGUUUAGCCUAUAACAAAUGUAUUAUUUUUAAGAUCACUUACUUGGCACAUUCAGCAUGUUAACUUACAGCAACAAAUAUGGGCAUGUAUUUCAUACCAUAUGGAUAAUGCACAUUGCGGGGUUAAAAUAUAUAUUCUCUUAUCCCUGGUUUUGGUCAUGUUUGGUUGGGCUUAACUUGACUAACUGUUAUUGCAUUGAUUUGCUGUAAAGUUAUCUUAAGAUGAACUGAGCAUAAUAUCACUUGACUACUGAUCACGAUGUCAAUUUACUUUAUGAAUUUGGAAUAAAAUAUAAAUUCUGAAUGUAUUAUUGCUGUAUUUACAUUGUUAAUCUAUCACUUUCUAACGUUCAUUCAGGGAUUGCUUUGGACCUUCAAGUUGUGGUUGGCGUUGGCGUAGCCAUUUUUCCUCAAGGACUAGACAUUAGUGGUAUUUAUUGUGUCCUCUUUAAAACUGUUAAUAAAGAGGCUGGCCUAUCUUAUUUUGUGUACCAUGCACUUUUCAUCACUGUACUAGAGACCAGUGCAUCGAUUUAAUCUGUCACAGUGGUCAUUAUUAACCUACAAGAUGGCAUGUAGCCGGCUUUAGUACAGUUGAUAUUAAAAAGUGCUGACUCAUCGCA